UAUUUUUAAAGACGGCAACACAACAUAAACGAUGUAGAAAAAACAAGCAAUGCUGACACUACACAUCAAUCUGAAUUCCUUGAAUAUUACACAAGUCAAUUGAAAUGGGAUAAUAAAACGAUGUCCUGUGACGUAGGAAAUAGCUCAAGACAGAGAUAAACCCAACUGUGACUGGGAAGAUAGUACACAAUUAUCGACAUAUGGUAAUUGGGCAACGUGUACUGUAGAUUAAGACAUCUGGAGGCAGUGCCAUCGUACUUCAAGGUCAUAAUCUGUGGGCAUAAUCCUGUCGGAUCUGUUUCUAAUACAGGCCAUGCAUCAAGAGUGUCUUACUUCAGGUCUCGUUUUUAAAAAAAAGAAAUUCCUUGGUCGCGAAGGAAAGGUCAAAUUUCAGAUCUAUUUUGUUGCGGAGUGAUUAGAGAGAGAAGUAUGCAGGAGAGUUUACCGUGCUGAAGUUCACUUUACUAAUGAAGUGACGCUGAGAAUGAAAGGAUGUUUUGUGCAGUACUAGCACACUAAGUACAGGCCAGUGUUACAAAUUGAACUUAAUAUCGAUGGUAAGUUGUGCUUCAGUAAGAAUAAAGGAGUUGUGUGCAUCACAGGCUGUUAAAUUUGGAGAUUGCUUCGAGAGUGCAUCAUGUCGACGUUUUCUGUGUUUCCGUUGAGAGAGUAUUACUGCAAGUCGGGAUAUUAUCUCAAGAUUGAUGGAGACGGGGAAGUGGGCGGGGCCAAUCAGUCUGGAGACAAGAACGCUGUGUUUGAAGUGAAUACAGUGACGUGCGGUGUAGUCACUCUGAAGGCAAUCAAGUCGGGAAUGUAUCUUGCAGUCGACGAGAAGGGAAAAACACACGGACAGGCCCAACUGGACGAAUCCUGCGAGUUUAUUGAGAAGUUUGACCCGUCCGGCCGCUACACGGUCUUCCAGCCCCGUCGCUUUGCUGCCCAGGGAUGGCACGUCGCUCUGGGAAGACACGGCCAGGCCAGACCAGCUCACAAGAUUGAGGAGGACCAGAAGUGUGCUCAUUUCAUUCCCCGGGCCGUGGGUGGGGUCAGCAGCGGUGGGGGACCGGGGGCUGGUGGGGGAUUUGACUUGGACCUUCUGGAGGAACUGGGAUUCACGUCUGGGACUGGCCUUGGGUCCUGA